AACUCAGCAAGUGGGCGGAGCUUGUGGUUGAAGACACAAACACAAACAUGGCGUGGAGCAGUUGCAUCGUAAACUGGACCAGAAUAAACCAAAUCCCUGCAAAAAACAUCACGUGGCGAGCUUCCAGGCUCGACUUUUACUGUCAAGCGAUUCGUGGUUUCCGUCGUCACUCUAAAAGGCCAGAAACAAAGAAAGGCGAUGCCAGACAUGAAACACACACCAACAACAUUGGACCUCCGGAAAGCCCACAAGGACCGACACUUCGCCCUCAUGUCCCCCGGCCCAAGCUACUCAGGCCUCUGCUGUUCACACUGGGGUUUACAGGCUGCUCUUUUGGUGCCGCGGCCAUUCUGCAAUCCGAGAACACUAAGUCGAGAGUACGAACUUUAAAGGACCAAGAGGAGUCCGAGAACCUCUUAGCGGGUUCCCCCGACAUGGCGUACUGGCAUGACUGGUGGAACCAACUGACGGUCUUCCAGCGCCAGCUCAUCAUCCUCAUGUCUGUGGUGGACGACUUCUGGGGCAGACGCACUGAAGGCCAGAGGACCGUCACUGGUAUUAUCGUGGCCAACGCAUUGGUGUUGUGCUGCUGGAGAAUCCCCUCGCUGCAAAGGACCAUGAUGAAAUAUUUCACUUCAAACCCCGCCGCCAAGAGUCAGUGCCUUCCUAUGGUCCUGUCCUCGUUCAGUCACUACUCCAUCUUCCACUUGAUGACCAACAUGUACGUCCUGUGGACAUUCUCCUCAGGGGUCGUCUCGCUCUUAGGGAGGGAGCAGUUUCUCGCCGUCUAUAUGUCAGCCGGUGUUAUUUCCACAAUGUUCAGCUACGUCUGUAAAACAGCCUCUGGACGCAUCUUCCCUUCAUUAGGAGCGUCAGGUGCAAUCAUGGCAGUGGUAGCUGCGGUCUGUUUCAAAGUGCCAGAUGCUAAACUGAGGGUCAUUUUCCUCCCUAUGGUCAUGUUCACAGCGGGAAAUGUGCUGAAAGCUGUUGUUGCUCUGGAUAUGGCUGGCUUGCUGUUGGGAUGGCAGAUGUUUGACCAUGCGGCUCACAUCGGCGGAGCUCUCUUUGGCGUCUGGUAUGUGACGUACGGUCACAAACUGAUCUGGGGCAAGAGGAACUCGGUGGUCAAGAUGUGGCACAACAUUCGCCCCCCUGGUGGCGACGGGUCGAGGCCUGGAGGCGGGUCUGGGAUGGAUAACAAGGAUAGACCACCUGGACCCAAAUGAAACUCGCUGGGAUCCCCGAAGAAAACGUCAUCCCUCUCAGGAUAUGCAAGCAGCCAACCCAGGGCUCACACGGAUUCUUAAAGGCCAUAAAAAUCCAUAAAAAAAGACGUUGUAAAAUUAUGUUCUGAAUUGACCUCAUUUU